AUGAGUUCGAAAGCCCUCAGAAAGCUAAAUAAACUCCAGUUAGAAGAUGAAUUGAAGGGGAUAGCCUCCUUUGACGAACCCGAAACGGCUGAAGGUCUGCCUACCAAGAGCAAAGCUCAAAACAGUUUUGCCUUUUUGCCAAGUGAAGAUGACAGUGAUGAUGAUAGUCAGCAAGAUGACAGAAUAGUCUCCAGCGUUAGUCGACGAGCAAAGCCUACCGAAAAGGUUGUUGACGAAAGUAGCGAUGAGUUUUUUGAUGCAACUGAAGAAAACAAGCUAGUUAUCAAGAAACCUCUUAAAGGAAAGAGCUCAGGCAAACAUAAGAAAACUCAAAACACAAAGCAGCCUAUGAACAGUGACGAAGAAUUGGACCAGAUUUUGGAACAGCUUAAAAUAAAGCAAAAGGAAGAAGAGCUGAUCGUAAGUGAAAGUGAUAGUGACAACGAAUACGAAUGUACAGAGACCGUGGACACUGUGGAUUCAGGCUAUAAAUACUUUACUCUUAAGAAAUUUGCCAAAACGGUGAAGCUAUUAAAGAUACACACAGCUAACUUGGAUCCUGACUACGAAUUUAGGAGCUUAUUUGGAAAGAUAUCCGAUGAAACCAUAAAAGAUGCAGAUUCAACUUCUUCUGGUUUUGUCUCCCCCGAAGUCUUACAACAAAUCAAAAAGCUGAGUAGAAUGACUAGGGGCUGGGGUGGACGAGACCAUAGAUCAAUCCCUGGUACAACUAGAAAGCUGAAACUUACCAAGAUUAGGGAUGAUUGGAUUCCUACAGUGAAAAAGAGUUUAGCUAUGGAGGAGAUUCCUAAACAGGAAUUAAUAUCUCUGAGAGUGGCUUCUAGACCUGAUGAUUGGAGAGAUGCUCUAGAAGAAGAAGUUUCAAAGGAAAUUUCCCAAGAUAUCAAGUAUUACAGAUUUAAGUUCAACUUAGACCAUUUGGCUGAGAAUGCUAAUUUUUAUGCCUCUGUAGUUAUUGCUCCAGAUCACCAAGCCCUCAUUGACUCAUUACAGCGAUCUCCAUACCAUAUUCCAACAUUGUUACAGAUUUCUACCAUUUUAAUGCGACAGGGAGAUAAAUCCAACAGUAGUGGGCUGGUUGAAAGGGCGUUAUUUGUCUUUGAUAGAGGGUUCCUACAAAAUUUUGAGCUUGGGAAUGGAAAAGGUAGGUUUCCGUUUGAAAGCUUCUUGAACAGACAGUUUUAUUUAGCGCUGUUUAGGUACAUUGAAGCAUUAACACAGAGGUCCACGUUCCUCACGGCUCUGACUUACUGCAAGCUUCUCCUAUCACUGAAUCCCACCGAAGAUCCCUAUGGAGUAAGGUUUUUUAUCGAUUUUUACUGUAUCAUGAGUGAGGAGUAUGAAUACUUGAUUGAUUUAUCACAAUCUUCUCUGGUGACAACGUAUAAGGAAUGGCUGACACCAGGAAUAGCAUUUUCAACGUCAUUGGCUUAUUUAAGAUCUGGUGAAACGACAGAAAAUGUCCACAAAGCAGCAACUAGCUUGAAGUCGGCAUUCCAGAAAUUUCCAUAUAUUGGAUUCAAGAUCUAUGAAUCUUUGAAUUCUAUCAUCACAUCGCAAAUAACCAAAUUGUUCAAAAACAUCCCAGCUGAACAAGAAAUACUUGCCCAGCAUUAUAUAGUCCGUCUGAAGACCUUGUGGUCAGAUCCUAAGUCUCUUACAUUUUUGGAAGAGGAGCUAUACAAAUCGUGUUCGACAUAUAGCGGGACCCCGGAAGCAGACUCAGGUCUGACUUUACCAACCAACCUUCUCAGGCAUGUUAUUUUGUCAGGGGAAGGAACUGUGAUGGCAAAAUUACCGGAGACGUUUUGGAACCAAAAUGAAGUUUACGAAUUUGAUGUGUUGCCUCCAACAAAUGGAGAUUCUAUUACAGAUUAUAUGGAUGAUAAAAUAGUCACUGAGGCUGUAAUGCAAGCAACUUCUGGUGAUUCAGAUAUGACGGCCAUUCGAAGACUGAUAGAAACUAUGGACCAGUAG